CCUUAAUAUGUUAACACUAAUGCGUGCUCCAGGCCUGGGAAGUCACCAGGCGGUUAUGGAGCCGCCUCCCGUCUGUAAGACAUCGCUGAGGGCUUGAGUCACCUAACUAACGGAACAGGAAAACGAAGUUAACGCUAGUAGCUAUUAGCUCGUAGCCUAGCUAUGAAACCCUGCUAGCGACAAACCUAGCUAGCCAACACUAAGCGUCUACAGUUUACUAGCCUUACAGCUGAUUAACUAGAGCUGGUAAACACAACCGGAUCAAAUGGUUAAUGCGACCGUGCAGCCAUGGGUGACAUGAAAACCCCCGACUUCGAUGAUCUGCUGGCAGCAUUUGACAUCCCAGAUGCCACUGGGUUGGAUGCCAAGGAGCCCAUCCAGGGAAGCCACGAAGAGACGGACAGUCCGCUGAAACACACGGGGAUGUGUCUCGACGAAAGCUUACUGAGUAACCAAGCUGUCACAGCAGCAGAUAUUCCUGCUGUAAGUGUAAUCGUGAAAAACACAAGUCGCCAGGAGUCGUUGGAAGAUUUCGAACCGGCUUCGCAAAAUGGAUUCAGUGGACAAGAGACCUCCACAUGCUCUGUUGAGGCAACCAACACUUGCUUUUCUAAAUCGUUUGUCUCUGGUUUGAAUGGGGAUCAUUCAAGAGAGCUUUUUGGAAAGGCGUCUAUUCAUCCCAAACCUGAUGGAACAGCAAUAUUUUCCCAGACACUUUCUGAUUUUAGUCCCAUCUCCAGCCCUGAGUCUGAAGACACUCUGUGCAGUAGAAAUGAAAUGCAUCCAAAACAAGACCGACCCGGUUUCCCUGAAGCUUCAGAAUUUGUACACUCUUCCAUCCUGGAAAAUCCCCCCAAAAUGGACUUCAGCGUAUUCGAUGACUGCCAAAAGGACUAUAUUCCCAUGAACACUGAGAGGAGUAGAGAGCAAAGAAGUACAAGCGAAGAGUCUUCUGACAACCGCGUGACAGAUAAAACACUUGGAUUACACAGUGCACUUCCCCCACCAGGCAUUAACCGGAGCUGUAAUGAGCCCAACGGCAACUCGGAAACCACAUUGGAUGCCCCUACUUAUCCACAUGUCAAAUCUCAGACAUCUAAAUUAUCUUCUUGCCUUAAGGCUCUGGUUGCUCUAAAUGCUAGAGAAGAUCCCAGCGAGCAGAAAACUCCCAGCGAGUCCUCCGCUGUACGGAAUAACUCUACGAAAGCGACCGCCAGCGUGCCUAUAUCCCCGCAGAGUCCACUUGAAGCUGUGAAACGGUUACUGAAACCCUCCGACAGUCCCGUAAGCAUAUGCAGUGACAGUAGUGGCAAAGCAUCCCCGGCGGUGGCAACUGGGUCGCCCCCUGCCAUACCGAGGGUAAGAAUUAAAACCAUCAAAACCACAACUGGGCAGAUCAAGCGUACAGUCACCAGCGUUCUGCCUGAUUCGGAAACCGAUGAAAAUUACUCCGCGUAUGAAGCUUCUCCCUCGCAGAGUCUGAUUAGUGAAGAUUCUUCCUGCAACGUGUCUCCUCGUCAGUCUCAAAAUGCGUCCGUUGAUAGGAUUGUUGGCGCGCAAACCAAACGUACGCCGGCAAGUACGUCUUCACCAAGAGCUUUAGUCAAACAAUCAGGGGUCAACUCCCGGAGGUCAGGCGCAACACAUUGUGCCACUUUAUUCCAUAAGACUGGUGGUCUGGUGAAGCAUUCUGCUGCACAGCAGGGGCAGAAACUAAAGAGAGGCUCGGCCACAAGAGGCCACACAAGUACCACCAGUUUCCUUCCCAAAGCAAUGCACUUAGCUAGCCUGAACCUGGUCCCUCACAGCGUCGCUGCUUCCGCGGCGGCGCGAUCCACGCCUCAUCCACAAAGCCAACGCGCGCCGACCUCCGCGGCCGACAGCACCGUCCCGCUCGUGCACCUACUCAAAUCGGCCGGCCCGUGUGCUGCUCGCGCGUCCGUUCCCAACACCGAGGCGGUAACCUUAAACAGACUCUUGAACCGUGCCAAUGCCGUGCCUACGUACGUGCCCGACCUGAACCCCCCGCCAGACAGCAACAUCAACCUACCGGCGCGCGGGUACUGCUGCCUUGAGUGCGGGGACUCCUUCGUGCUGGAGAGUAGCCUCGCGUAUCACUACAGCAGGAGGAGUGUUCACAUUGAAGUCGGAUGCACACACUGUGGAAAGACAAUGGUGUUCUUCAACAAGUGUGCCUUGCUGGCGCAUGCGAGGGAGCACAAGAACAGCGGCGUGGUGAUGCAGUGCACGCAGCUCCAAAUGAAACCCAUCGCAGGGGAGCUGAUGUUUGUGCCCCAGAGUGCCGUGAAUGUGGACUCUCACGACUCGCCGUCGCGUAAAGGUCAGCCUGUCCUGCCCCUGUAUCCAGACAGCGCCAUGCGGCGCCGGCUCCGUUGCCUGGAGUGUAGCAAGCAGUUUCCUGACCACAAAGCACUGGCGUGCCACUACCAGAGGCCGGCAGAAGAAGUGGAAGGACUUAUGUGCAAGGUGUGCUCGAUGUUAUUGCCCAACAAGUGCAGCUUUAGGGCUCACCAGCGCAUCCACGCACACAAGUCCCCUUACUGCUGUCCCGAGUGUGGCGCCCAGAGUCGUUCUGCAGACAUACAGAAACAUGUCAGGGAAAACUGUCUGCACUAUGCUCGCAAAGCUUGGUACAAAUGUCUUCACUGCGAUAUGGUGUUCAAAACCCUUCAAGGACAAAGGACUCACAUCGAGGAGAAACACUGUGACGUUUUUUACAAGUGUUCCCUCUGUCCGGUUGCCUUCAAGACCUCUGACGGCUGCGAAGUGCAUUUAAAAAAUAAACACAGCGGAAGCAAAGUGUCCCCGCUGACAAUCUUUAAGUGUUCAUGUGAGACGGUUUUCAAGAAAAAGCAGUCGUUGCUGCAGCAUUUCCAUCAAAACGCCAGCAAGCGUGUUACGUGUGUAUUCAAGUGUCCCGAAUGCAACUCGGUCUUUCCACAAAAGCAGUUGUUAAUGCAUCACUUCAAGGGAGUUCACGUAGGAAACACGACAGCAGAGACGGAACGGACAAGUGAACAGACGGACAAUCCCGACUGCAACCAGGAUGCUAAUUCUGUUCAGCAACAGAAGACGCAGGGCCCGGUUAAACACACAGAGGCCCCCAGAAAAGAGGCUGAGCGGGACAGAAGCCCUCGUGGGAAGCCCACCGGCUGGACAUGUGGCGAAUGUCUCCAGUGGUUCCCUGAACGGGACUCUUAUGUUGCUCACGUGAAGACCAACCACAAGAAGUCAGUUAAGAAGUAUCCAUGUCGACAUUGCGAGCAGUCUUUCAACUCUACAACCAGUCUGAGAAGACACAUUCGCAGUGACCAUGAUGGAAAAAAGAAAAUUUACACUUGCUGGUAUUGCACAGACACCAAGACCACAUUCACCACCAGCGUCAUGUUGAAGAACCACAUCAGUUUAAUGCACGGAAUCAAAAAUCCGGAUCUUAGCCAAAUGCCGAAAACAACCGUCCAGGAUUCAAAAAAGGCUUUUGGCAAGGGGCUCUUAUCAGAGCGACCCGCCGUGGACACACAGGUGGAGGCACAGGUGCGGGAGGGCGCUCGCGGUCUUGCCGCUCCUCCAGCGAAACGUCUCAAGACUCAGUUCCGCUGUUCAAAAUGUGGCUUCGUCACAGAUGACGGUGCACAGUUCCAGCGGCACAUACCGCAGCAUAAAACGGACGAAAGCACCCCGCAGUGCCGUCACUGCGGCCUGUGUUUCACGUCUCCGUCGUCCCUCAACAGACAUCUUUUCAUCGUGCACAAAGUCAAAGAAACAGAGGGGGCGGGGAAAAGAGGAGAGGAGGCCCGGUCGAGGCAGAAGGUGCAGGUUGAUGAGCCAGUUAGAUCAGCGGACACGGACGAGGUCGGUGACUUGUUGCCGGGGCCGAACGAACCUGAGCCCCCGCGAGCAGCGGAGCGAGCGAGUCCGGGUCCCUGUGACGAGACCCCGGACGGUAAUGUGAAACAAGGCGCACACUCUCCGAUACAGGCGGCAUCUCUCCCGUAGGGAGACUCCUUCUGCUUUAGUAUCUUCAGUGUUCAUGUGAACGUAAAGAGGGGUUGAUGUUCUGCAUGUUCGGCCAAUUCAAUUUUAUUUCAGUUAUUCAGAGGCUGUGCAGUAUAUUCAAGCACAUCCUUGACGAUUAAUAAAGGGCACUAUUUUCAUGAAUGAGAGGACAAAUUAAAAUUAAGUUUUCGAUGGCUUUUACUUGACUUUGCAUGUUGGUAAUGUAUUAAUCUUGCCACGCAGACGUAUUACACCUGAAGCUUUUCUUCUAGAUAUUAUUUGUUCUUUCCCCGAAUGUUCCAUCCACCUUGUCGCGAGACACCGCAAGGUCGUCAGUGUUUAGUUUUAGUAUUGAUCGAUGUCAAAGGGAAGAGGUGGAUUUUGGCCUUUUUGUCAUCAACUUUUAUUUGAAAGGCUUUUUUUGUAUUUAAUACCGCACAUUAUUUCCUGAAUGGUAUCCAGGUUGCAGUUUCUAUGUUAUGACUGUUGCGAAUGAUUUGCAGUACAAAGCUAGAUUUGUAGUUGCCACUUAUUAGAAAACAUGCUAUAGUUCGGUGUUCAUUUAAAGUCAAAUCUCUGCAUUCUUGGUAAACCGUUUAUUGUAAAACACUCCUGAUUUAAAUACAGAUGAGUUGUCUUGCUAAGCAAAGCCUACUGAAGUUAGGCUACACAAUCAUCUUAUUUUAUUUCACACAAAAACAAGACUUUCUUUUCCGUAUUUACGCAUUUUGCUUUGCUGGCAAAUGCUUUUGAGUCUUUAGGUGAACGUGUUUGAGUCAUGGGUGCAUGUGUUGUCCCAAAUCUGUGCUUUUUUACGUGUAUUUUUUGAACGAGUGUUAAGGUGGUGUGUGUGUGUGUGUGUGUGGUGCAGCAGUAUUGGAAAUACCUCAAAUUGCCACAAUUGUAUUUUUCAGGCAAGUGAACGUUGAUGUCAAAUCAGGGUACAUUGUUCUGGAGGAUCCAGAGCAGGUUUGUGAAAGUGAAGUUUGGCGGCAUAUUGGAGAUGGUGUUUUUUUAAAUCGGGACCUGUUGACCUAAUGAUGAUAACAUUACUAGCGUGAUCAGUAGAUUUUGUUGAUUCUCUAAUGAUUUUGGAAUGACGCAGCGAGCGGAGGGUACUUCGGUUUGCACGUCCUGAUUUGUAAAAGCAGCACCUCCCUGAUUUGUUUUGAAUACGUGACAGUUCCUACCUCCAUGUUUAAUGGCAGUGAUUGUUAAAAAAAAAAAGAGUUGAGGAGUUGCAGGUAACCUCAGUGCAAUGUAAAGAAGAAAUAGUUUGUGAAAUGUACUAUCCCACAUAAUUGAAUUUUAUAAAUUAUUUUGGGAAUGACGUCAAGGCUAUAUGGUCAUAUUGACUUAACCGGCAAGUGAACUUUUCUAUUUAAGUGCUGUGUAAGCACUUUGUUCCUCUGUAAUCUUACAUCCUUCAUUUGCCCAGCUGCAGCUGUUGAACUGCGGAAACUGAAAAGAAUCUCACUAUUUGUUCCUUUUUUAAUGCUUGUUGAAAGGUAUUUGUACUUUUGAUAUUGUGUAAAGCAAAGUCUCAAGUAGGAAAGUAACGUGUACAUAAGUAGCCAAUGAACCCCACGACUCUCAGCAUUUCUUAAGCCAUUACGUCUGUUCAGCAUGCAGUGGCACAUGUGCCUGGCUGUGAUGUUUACGUCAAAGUACCUACAAAUAAAUUGGUGCAUUUAAUUAUC